CCUCCUCGCCAACGCCCCCUUCCCCUCUCCCCUUCUCGGCCUGGCGCGGCGCCCCCAACCCCACCCCCGUGGGAACGUUCGGAGCCUGCACUCCUCAGACCCCUCUCUUCGCUUCUUUGCUCACCUCAGCCUCGGCUCCCCGCCCUCUUCCUGGCCCUGGGCGCCGGCCGGCCGGUCCCUCCGCCGCCCCCCGGCCGCGGGGAGGACAUGGCCGCGCACAGGCCGGUGGAAUGGGUCCAGGCCGUGGUCAGCCGCUUCGACGAGCAGCUUCCAAUUAAAACAGGACAACAGAACACACAUACCAAAGUCAGUACUGAGCGCAACAAGGAAUGCCUAAUCAAUAUUUCCAAGUACAAGUUUUCUUUGGUUAUAAGUGGCCUCACUACUAUCUUAAAGAAUGUUAAUAAUAUGAGAAUAUUUGGAGAAGUUGCUGAAAAAAAUUUAUAUCUCUCUCAGUUGAUUAUAUUGGAUACACUGGAAAAAUGUCUUGCUGGGCAACCAAAGGACACAAUGAGAUUAGAUGAAACGAUGCUGGUUAAACAGUUGCUGCCAGAAAUCUGCCAUUUUCUUCAUACCUGUCGUGAAGGAAACCAGCAUGCAGCUGAACUUCGGAAUUCUGCCUCUGGAGUUUUAUUUUCUCUCAGCUGCAACAACUUCAAUGCAGUCUUUAGUCGAAUUUCAACCAGGUUACAAGAAUUGACUGUUUGUUCAGAAGACAAUGUUGAUGUUCAUGACAUAGAAUUGAUACAGUAUAUUAAUGUGGAUUGUGCAAAACUAAAACGACUCCUAAAGGAAACAGCAUUUAAAUUUAAAGCUCUAAAGAAAGUUGCACAAUUAGCAGUUAUAAAUAGUUUGGAAAAGGCAUUUUGGAAUUGGGUAGAAAAUUAUCCAGAUGAAUUUACAAAGCUGUACCAGAUUCCACAGACUGACAUGGCUGAGUGUGCAGAAAAGCUGUUUGACUUGGUGGAUGGUUUUGCUGAAAGCACCAAACGUAAAGCUGCAGUGUGGCCAUUACAAAUCAUUCUUCUUAUUUUGUGUCCAGAAAUAAUCCAGGAUAUAUCCAAGGAUGUGGUUGAUGAAAACAACAUGAAUAAGAAAUUAUUUCUGGACAGUCUACGGAAAGCACUAGCUGGCCAUGGAGGAAGCAGGCAGCUGACAGAAAGUGCUGCCAUCGCCUGUGUCAAACUGUGUAAAGCAAGCACGUACAUUAACUGGGAAGAUAACUCUGUCAUCUUUCUCCUGGUGCAGUCCAUGGUGGUCGAUCUUAAGAACUUGCUUUUUAAUCCAAGUAAACCAUUUUCAAGAGGCAGUCAGCCUGCGGAUGUGGAUCUCAUGAUUGACUGCCUUGUUUCUUGCUUUCGGAUAAGCCCUCACAACAACCAACACUUCAAGAUUUGCCUGGCUCAGAAUUCACCUUCUACAUUUCACUAUGUGCUAGUAAAUUCACUUCAUCGAAUCAUCACCAAUUCUGCAUUGGAUUGGUGGCCCAAGAUUGAUGCUGUGUAUUGCCACUCAGUUGAACUUCGAAACAUGUUUGGUGAAACACUUCAUAAAGCACUUCAGGGUUGUGGAGCACACACAGCAAUACGAAUGCCAACAAGUCUCACUUUCAAAGAAAAAGUAACAAGCCUUAAAUUUAAAGAAAAACCUACAGACCUGGAGACUAGAAGCUACAAGUAUCUUCUCUUAUCCAUGGUGAAACUGAUUCAUGCGGAUCCAAAGCUCUUGCUUUGUAAUCCAAGAAAACAAGGGCCAGAAACCCAAGGCAGUACAGCAGAAUUGAUCACAGGCCUGGUACAAUUGGUCCCUCAGUCCCACAUGCCAGAGAUUGCUCAGGAAGCGAUGGAGGCCCUGCUGGUUCUUCAUCAGUUAGAUAGCAUUGAUUUGUGGAAUCCCGAUGCUCCUGUAGAAACCUUCUGGGAGAUCAGCUCACAGAUGCUUUUUUAUAUCUGCAAGAAAUUAACUAGCCAUCAGAUGCUUAGUAGCACAGAGAUUCUCAAGUGGUUGCGGGAAAUUCUGAUAUGCAGGAAUAAAUUUCUGCUUAAAAACAAGCAGGCAGAUAGAAGUUCCUGUCACUUUCUUUUCCUGUAUGGGGUAGGAUGCGAUGUUCCUUCUAGUGGGAAUCCCAGCCAGCUGUCCAUGGAUCAUGAAGAGUUACUACGGUCCUGUACUCCAGGAACCUCUCUGCGGAAGGGGCGAGGGAACUCCUUUGUGGAUAGUGCUGCCGGGUGCACUAGCACCCCACCAAUAUGCCGACAAGCCCAGACUAAGUUGGAAGUGGCUCUAUACAUGUUUCUUUGGAGCCCAGAUACUGAAGCUGUUCUGGUUGCCAUGUCCUGUUUCCGCCACCUUUGUGAGGAAGCAGAUAUCCGGUGUGGGGUGGAUGAAGUGUCAGUGCACAACUUCUUGCCCAACUACAACACAUUCAUGGAAUUCGCCUCUGUCAGCAAUAUGAUGUCAACAGGAAGAGCAGCACUUCAGAAAAGAGUGAUGGCACUUCUGAGGCGUAUCGAGCAUCCCACUGCAGGGAACACAGAGGCUUGGGAAGAUACACAUGCGAAAUGGGAGCAAGCUACAAAAUUAAUUCUUAACUAUCCAAAAACCAAAAUGGAAGAUGGCCAGGCUGCCGAGAGCCUUCACAAGACCAUUGUCAAGAGGCGAAUGUCCCAUGUGAGUGGAGGAGGAUCUAUAGAUUUGUCUGACACAGACUCCUUGCAGGAAUGGAUCAACAUGACUGGCUUCCUUUGUGCUCUGGGAGGAGUGUGUCUGCAGCAGAGGAGCAAUUCUGGCCUGGCAACCUAUAGCCCACCAAUGGGCCCAGUUAGUGAACGAAAGGGUUCCAUGAUUUCAGUGAUGUCAUCAGAGGGAAAUGCAGACACUCCUGUCAGCAAGUUCAUGGACAGGCUGCUCUCCUUGAUGGUGUGUAACCAUGAAAAAGUGGGACUUCAAAUACGGACCAAUGUUAAGGAUCUAGUGGGUCUAGAAUUAAGUCCUGCUCUUUAUCCAAUGCUGUUUAACAAACUGAAGAACACCAUCAGCAAGUUUUUUGAUUCCCAAGGACAGGUUUUGUUGACUGACACCAAUACUCAAUUUGUAGAGCAAACCAUAGCUAUAAUGAAGAACUUACUAGAUAAUCAUACUGAAGGCAGUUCUGAACAUCUGGGGCAAGCUAGCAUUGAAACAAUGAUGUUAAAUCUGGUCAGAUAUGUUCGUGUCCUUGGAAAUAUGGUCCAUGCAAUUCAGAUAAAAACAAAGCUGUGUCAGUUAGUUGAAGUCAUGAUGGCAAGAAGAGAUGACCUCUCAUUUUGUCAAGAGAUGAAAUUUAGGAAUAAGAUGGUAGAAUACCUGACAGACUGGGUUAUGGGAACAUCAAACCAAGCAGCAGACGAUGAUGUAAAAUGUCUAACAAGAGAUCUGGACCAGGCGAGCAUGGAAGCAGUCGUUUCACUCCUGGCUGGUCUUCCGCUGCAGCCCGAGGAAGGAGACGGUGUGGAAUUGAUGGAAGCCAAAUCACAGUUAUUUCUUAAGUACUUCACAUUAUUUAUGAACCUUUUGAAUGACUGUAGUGAAGUUGAAGAUGAAAAUGCACAAACAGGUGGCAGGAAACGUGGCAUGUCUCGGAGGCUGGCAUCACUGAGACACUGUACAGUCCUCGCCAUGUCAAACUUACUCAAUGCUAAUGUGGACAGUGGCCUCAUGCACUCCAUAGGUUUAGGUUAUCACAAGGAUCUCCAGACAAGAGCUACAUUUAUGGAAGUUCUGACAAAAAUCCUUCAGCAAGGCACAGAGUUUGACACACUUGCAGAAACAGUGCUGGCAGAUCGAUUUGAGAGACUGGUGGAAUUAGUCACAAUGAUGGGUGAUCAGGGAGAGCUGCCCAUUGCAAUGGCUCUGGCCAAUGUGGUCCCUUGUUCACAGUGGGAUGAGCUAGCUAGAGUUCUGGUUACUCUGUUUGACUCUCGGCAUUUGCUCUACCAACUGCUCUGGAACAUGUUUUCAAAGGAAGUAGAAUUGGCAGACUCCAUGCAGACUCUCUUCCGAGGCAACAGCUUGGCCAGCAAAAUAAUGACGUUCUGCUUCAAGGUAUAUGGUGCUACCUACCUACAAAAACUCCUGGAUCCUUUAUUACGAAUUGUUAUUACAUCCUCUGAUUGGCAACAUGUCAGCUUUGAAGUGGAUCCUACCAGAUUAGAACCAUCAGAAAGCCUUGAGGAAAACCAGCGGAACCUCCUGCAGAUGACUGAGAAAUUCUUCCACGCCAUUAUCAGCUCUUCCUCUGAGUUCCCUCCUCAGCUUCGGAGUGUGUGCCACUGUUUGUACCAGGCAACUUGCCACUCCCUACUGAAUAAAGCUACAGUAAAAGAAAAAAAGGAAAACAAAAAAUCAGUGGUUAGCCAGCGUUUUCCUCAAAACAGCAUCGGUGCAGUAGGAAGUGCCAUGUUCCUCAGAUUUAUCAAUCCCGCCAUUGUGUCACCGUAUGAAGCAGGCAUUUUAGAUAAAAAGCCACCACCUAGAAUCGAAAGGGGCUUGAAGUUAAUGUCAAAGAUACUUCAGAGUAUUGCCAAUCAUGUUCUCUUCACAAAAGAAGAGCAUAUGCGGCCUUUUAAUGACUUUGUGAAAAGCAACUUUGAUGCAGCUCGAAGGUUUUUCCUUGAUAUAGCAUCAGAUUGCCCUACAAGUGAUGCAGUAAAUCACAGUCUUUCCUUCAUCAGUGAUGGCAACGUUCUUGCUUUACAUCGUCUUCUGUGGAAUAAUCAAGAGAAAAUUGGCCAGUAUCUUUCCAGCAAUAGGGACCAUAAAGCUGUUGGAAGACGACCUUUUGAUAAAAUGGCCACACUUCUCGCGUACCUGGGGCCCCCGGAGCACAAGCCUGUGGCAGACACACACUGGUCCAGCCUUAACCUCACUAGCUCCAAGUUUGAGGAGUUUAUGACUAGGCAUCAGGUACAUGAGAAAGAAGAGUUCAAGGCUUUGAAAACAUUAAGUAUUUUCUACCAAGCUGGGACUUCCAAAGCUGGGAAUCCUAUUUUUUACUAUGUUGCACGAAGGUUCAAAACUGGCCAAAUCAAUGGUGAUUUGCUCAUAUACCACGUCUUGCUGACGUUAAAGCCAUAUUAUGCAAAGCCAUAUGAAAUUGUAGUGGACCUUACGCAUACUGGACCCAGCAAUCGUUUUAAAACAGACUUUCUCUCCAAGUGGUUCGUUGUCUUUCCUGGCUUUGCUUAUGACAAUGUCUCUGCGGUCUAUGUCUAUAACUGCAACUCCUGGGUCAGGGAGUACACCAAGUAUCACGAGCGGCUGCUCACUGGGCUCAAAGGUAGUAAGAGACUCAUCUUCAUAGAUUGUCCUGGAAAGCUGGCUGAGCACAUAGAGCAUGAACAGCAGAAACUACCUGCUGCCACCUUGGCUUUAGAAGAGGACCUCAAGGUAUUCCACAAUGCUCUCAAGCUGGCCCACAAAGACACCAAAGUUUCUAUUAAGGUUGGUUCUACUGCUGUUCAAGUAACAUCAGCUGAGAGAACAAAAGUCCUAGGUCAGUCGGUCUUUCUGAAUGAUAUCUAUUAUGCCUCGGAAAUUGAAGAGAUCUGCCUAGUGGAUGAGAACCAGUUCACCUUAACCAUUGCAAACCAGGGCACACCACUCACCUUCAUGCACCAGGAGUGUGAAGCCAUCGUCCAGUCUAUCAUUCAUAUCCGGACUCGCUGGGAGCUCUCACAGCCUGACUCCAUUCCCCAGCACACCAAGAUCCGACCAAAAGAUGUCCCUGGGACACUGCUUAAUAUUGCAUUGCUGAAUUUAGGCAGUUCAGACCCUAGUUUACGGUCAGCUGCCUAUAAUCUUCUGUGUGCCUUAACUUGUACCUUUAAUUUAAAAAUCGAGGGCCAGUUACUAGAGACAUCAGGUUUAUGUAUCCCUGCCAACAACACCCUCUUUAUUGUCUCUAUUAGUAAGACACUGGCAGCCAAUGAACCACACCUCACGUUAGAAUUUUUGGAAGAGUGUAUUUCUGGAUUUAGCAAAUCUAGUAUUGAAUUGAAACACCUCUGUUUGGAAUAUAUGACUCCAUGGCUUUCCAACCUAGUUCGUUUUUGCAAGCAUAACGAUGAUGCCAAGCGACAAAGAGUUACUGCUAUUCUCGAUAAGCUAAUCACAAUGACCAUAAAUGAGAAGCAGAUGUACCCAUCUAUUCAAGCAAAAAUAUGGGGGAGCCUUGGGCAGAUUACAGAUCUACUUGACGUUGUGCUAGACAGCUUCAUCAAAACCAGUGCAACCGGUGGCUUGGGAUCCAUCAAAGCUGAGGUGAUGGCAGACACUGCUGUAGCUUUGGCCUCUGGAAACGUGAAGUUGGUUUCAAGCAAGGUUAUUGGGAGGAUGUGCAAAAUAAUUGAUAAGACAUGCUUGUCUCCUACUCCUACCUUGGAACAACAUCUGAUGUGGGAUGAUAUUGCUAUCUUAGCGCGUUACAUGCUCAUGCUGUCCUUCAACAAUUCCCUGGACGUAGCCGCUCAUCUCCCCUACCUUUUUCACGUUGUAACUUUCUUAGUGGCCACAGGUCCCCUCUCACUGAGAGCUUCCACGCAUGGAUUGGUCAUCAACAUCAUCCACUCCCUGUGUACGUGUUCACAGCUUCAGUUCAGUGAAGAGACUAAGCAAGUUCUGAGACUCAGUCUGACAGAAUUCUCAUUACCCAAGUUCUACUUGCUGUUUGGCAUUAGCAAAGUCAAGUCAGCCGCAGUCAUUGCUUUCCGUUCCAGCUACCGGGACAGGUCCUUCUCUCCUGGCUCCUACGAGAGGGAAACGUUUGCUUUGACAUCCUUGGAAACAGUCACAGAAGCUUUGUUAGAGAUCAUGGAGGCAUGUAUGAGAGACAUUCCAACUUGCAAGUGGCUGGACCAGUGGACAGAACUAGCACAAAGAUUUGCAUUCCAGUAUAAUCCAUCUCUGCAACCAAGAGCUCUUGUUGUCUUUGGCUGUAUUAGCAAACGAGUAUCUCAUGGCCAGAUAAAGCAGAUUAUCCGUAUUCUUAGCAAGGCACUUGAGAGUUGCUUGAAAGGACCUGAUACUUACAACAGUCAAGUUCUGAUAGAAGCCACAGUAAUAGCACUAACCAAAUUACAGCCACUUCUUAAUAAGGACUCGCCCCUGCACAAAGCCCUCUUUUGGGUUGCUGUGGCUGUGCUGCAGCUUGAUGAGGUCAACUUGUAUUCAGCAGGCACAGCACUCCUGGAGCAGAACCUGCACACCUUGGACAGUCUCCGGAUAUUUAAUGACAAGAGCCCCGAAGAAGUAUUUAUGGCAAUCCGGAAUCCUCUGGAAUGGCACUGCAAACAAAUGGAUCAUUUUGUUGGACUCAAUUUCAACUCCAACUUUAACUUUGCACUAGUUGGACACCUCUUAAAAGGCUACAGACAUCCUUCACCUGCUAUUGUUGCAAGAACAGUCCGAAUUUUGCAUACACUACUAACUUUGGUUAACAAACACAGAAACUGUGACAAAUUUGAGGUGAAUACUCAGAGUGUGGCUUACUUAGCAGCUUUACUCACAGUGUCUGAGGAGGUUCGAGGUCGUUUCAGCUUAAAACACAGACAGUCACUUCUUUUUACUGAUAUUUCAAUGGAGAAUGUUCCUAUGGACACAUACCCCAUUCAUCAUGGUGAUCCCAGCUACAGGACUCUGAAAGAGAAUCAGCCAUGGUCUUCUCCCAAAGGUUCUGAAGGGCAUCUGACAGCCACCUACCCAACUGUUGGGCAGACCAGUCCACGAGCCAGGAAAUCCAUGAGCUUGGAUAUGGGGCAGCCUUCUCAGGCCAAUACUAAGAAAUUGCUUGGAACAAGGAAAAGUUUUGAUCAUUUGAUAUCAGACACAAAGGCUCCUAAAAGGCAAGAAAUGGAAUCAGGGAUCACAACACCCCCCAAAAUGAGGAGAGUAGCAGAAACUGAUUAUGAAAUGGAAACUCAGAGGAUCUCAGCACAGCAGCAUCCACACUUGUGUAAGGUUUCCAUGUCUGAAUCAAACGCACUCCUGGAUGAAGAAGUCCUGACCGAUCCGAAGAUACAAGCACUUCUUCUCACUGUUCUGGCUACACUGGUAAAAUAUACCACAGAUGAAUUUGAUCAACGCAUCCUUUAUGCAUACUUAGCAGAGGCCAGUGUGGUGUUCCCCAAAGUUUUCCCUGUUGUACACAAUUUGCUGGACUCCAAGAUCAACACCCUGUUGUCAUUGUGCCAAGAUCCAAAUUUGUUAAAUCCCAUCCAUGGAAUUGUGCAAAGUGUGGUAUAUCAUGAAGAAUCCCCUCCACAAUAUCAAACAUCUUACCUGCAAAGUUUUGGUUUCAAUGGCUUAUGGCGGUUUGCAGGACCCUUUUCAAAGCAAACACAAAUCCCAGACUAUGCUGAGCUUAUUGUUAAGUUUCUUGAUGCCUUGAUUGACACGUACUUGCCUGGAAUUGAUGAAGAAGCCAGUGAGGAGUCCCUCCUGACACCCACAUCUCCUUACCCUCCUGCACUGCAGAGCCAGCUCAGUAUCACUGCCAACCUUAAUCUCUCAAAUUCCAUGACCUCACUUGCAACUUCCCAGCAUUCCCCAGGACUCGACAAGGAGAAUGUCGAACUCUCCCCCACAACCGGCCACUGUAACAGUGGGCGAACUCGCCACGGAUCCGCAAGCCAAGUGCAGAAGCAAAGAAGUGCUGGCAGUUUCAAACGCAACAGCAUCAAAAAGAUCAUGUGACGCCUGCUUGCUUUCUCUUUUCUACCUGACUUAGCGUGGGCUCCCUGGCGAUACUCCCCUGGCCUUGUCCCACCCCACAGGUCGUGAUGCUACACUUCAUGUUCUUAAGAGACCCAGCCAGUCUGCCAUGUUGCCCGAUGAUCAACUCUGGGAAGCGUCGCCUACAUCUAAUGCUGCUUUCUCUUGACAUCUCCCACCCCGCCCCGGCUCCGGUGUGUAUUUGGUGUAAGCAAAUGUUCAGAACAACUGCAGACGGUGGGAGGUCAGGACACUUGAACAGCAAGCAUCCCAGUGGUGAGAAAAUGAAUUCUUCAUUGCCCCCACAGCUGGCCAGCUAUGAAAGCCAUUUGCACAGAGCUCUGCCUUCUAUGUUGCCCUUUCUUUAGCCUACAAAGUGUUAGUUUUAUUUCCAUGUUUUUCGGAUAGAUGUCUUUGGGAGAAAUAAUGUAACCCCAUUACAUUGAAUCUUUUAGCUGUGGCCUUUAAAAAAAAAAGAUUUAUUUAUUUUUAUUGCAAAGUCAGAUAUAUAAAGAGAAGGAAAGACAAAGAGGAAGAUCUUCCGUCCAAUGACUCACUCCCCAAGUGACCACAACGGCUGGAGCUGAGCUGAUCCGAAGCCAGGAGCCCAGAGUCUCUUCCGGUCUCCCACGUGGGUGCAGGGUCCCAUGGCUUUGGGCUGUCCUUGACUGCUUUCCCAGGCCACAAGCAGGGAGCUGGGUGGGAAGCAGGGCCAUCAGGAUACAACUGGCAACUCUAUGGGAUCCUAGCAGGCAAGGACUUUAGCCUCUAGGCUACUGCACUGGGCCUUUUUUUUUUUUUUUUUUCCACCUUACAAAACUGAAGGAACCACAGGGGUCAAGCCUCAGUGACUUCAUAUCCUAAAGCCACAGGCCAGGUACUUUGUGGAGGGUGGGAGGGAUCUAACAUUUUGUAGUAGAUUCUUCAAUACUAACACUUGAGUAUUAGCAAUAAUUACAGGAAAAAUAAGCAAGGCCACAUAUAUUAACAUUGCUUCAUUAAAGCUAUGGGUUCUGAGGCCUUAUCCAAUCUCAGUCAUCCAAACUAUAUUUUCUUCUCCAGUUGAUUCUCUUUUAAUGUUUAAAUAUGCUAAAGGUCAGUUUUUUUUAAUUUGUUUAUUUUUAAGCCAAAACUAUACUAAGUAUAGUAAUUAUACAUCUUACCCACUUCCUCUCCUUUCCUAAAUAAUUCUGAGCAGGGUAAUCAGUGAACAAAGCAUUGGAAAUUAUUUCCAGAAGGUAGUUUUUCAUGGAUAUCUACAUUAGCUCCAUAGCAAAAUGGAAUGGUACGUGACUUUUAGAGUAGCUGAUAUGUUCAUUUUGUUAAAUAGUUUCCCAACAAACAUAGAGAAUGGUGUAUAUUAUCAUAAAAUUUUUGAUAAGAUGUAUUUUAAAUAUCUUUUAAUCUUCUCCCACUCCUCUUUAAAAAAUCAGGAAUCUCUGUAUGGAAACAUUUGGGUUCUAUAUGAUAGAAUUGCAUUUAAUCACUGUGAAAAGACCGGUCGGCCUGCGGAGUAUGACAACGGGAGGCCCAGCGUGAGACCUGCGGCUGUGCAGGAUGGCCUGCCUGCGCUCUCAUGGCAUGGGACUUUCCGCAGCAGUGCAGAUCCAAUUUCUUCGUGGUACAUGCAGUAUGCAAAGUAACCUGAUUUCAGUGAGCAUAUUAGUAUCUGGAUGUUCCAAUUUAGGACUAAACCAUAUUUAUUAUUAAAAAAAAUAUUAUCUCUCCCCCACUCCCACGUUCCUCUUACAUGUUGAGAUAUAAUGGUUUUGGGAGGGGGAAAAACUUAGGGGAGAGCGGAGUUUCCUGUAGUGUUGUUUCAUUAGUGGAUUUCAGUAAAUUAAAUUCCACAGCUAACUCAAUAAAUAAUGGUACAUUUAAGUGUUCUGAUUCUAAUAAUAUAACACAUCUCACGUUUAUCCACACAAUAACAAUGUAAUAUGUUAAUGUAAAUAAAAUUGCUUUUUUAUUCAGAAAUAACAAGAAUUUUUUUUAAUUUGUUUACAGUCCUGGGAAAAGUAAGAACCAUUUGCCAAAAUAAAAGGGAAAAAAAAUCCUUAGUAUUAAUAGUGAUUUUAACGUAGAAUUGUUGGAAAAAAAUCUUUGAAGACAGGUGCAAUUAAAUAAACUUUUGUUUUUAACUCUUAGAGGCUGCGUUAGCAUAAAACAUUCUUAAUAGCAGAAGCUUAGAAUUGGGUUUAGAAAUAGAUACAUAGCCCAGUGCCAAGGAUGCCACUCUGUGGUGGUCUUGGCCCUCUUGCCCCUGCUGCUCUGGCAGCAGUGCCCCCUGCUGACAGCAGGUGGCAGGAGCCCUGGACCAUUGUGAUUCCAUAGUUUUCCCUCUGUUGGUUUGGUGCAUAUAAUGGUGGGUGUUACACUGUUGUGCUCUUCCUAUCCAAACAGAUACACUUCCAAAUGUUCACAGUUAGAUUUCCACACACAGAUUGAUCGAGAUGCAGUGCCUCUCCCAUGGCUCAUGGGAUGGGCAGGCUGACUCCACUGCAGCACUCCACAAAUGGUCAGCCUUGCACAGAUGCAAGGGAGGCAUGUCAGCGCUUCAGCCCGGCCCAGCAUAUCAGGGGCUCAAUGGUGGCCUUGGCCAGACAACUUCUGCCUCGUGAGGAAUCUCUGGCUUUCCCCGUAGCUGGAACAAGUGGAGGUCUCUAACCAACACAUUUCUCCAAGCUCACCCCUACAAGCUGCAGAGCUUUCUGAUGUUCAGCACAGG